GGUGGUGCGCGAUCUGUCCCGAGUGCUGACGCUGCUCAACCGGCGCGAGGAGCACAUCGUCACGGUUCCCGGGGACUGGCGCGGCUCCUGUCGUGGGCGGCGAGGGUGCUGGCCCGGUACAAGCGGCAGAAGGCGGCGAAGGAGGCGGGCGACAUCACGGCGCUGGAGCCCCUGGCCACCGGAACGCUGUACCAGACCCGACGCCAGGCCCAGGCCGAGCGAUGUCGGCUGGUGGCGCAGGGGGGGCAGUGCUCAGCCCCCUUCCAGGACCCCCCCACGCCCAGAGUCACCGAGGUUCACCCCCCUGCGUACAGAGAAACGACUCCAUGCAGCCAGCUGAGCUCUCGCUCGGCGUCGCUGAUGAGCCUCACCCACAUCCUCGAGGAAGAGGAGGAAUACGAAGCGGCAGAUAACCAUGACGAUGUUUUGUUCUCGGAGAACGAGGAGCAAGAACAUGAGGACGCGAAAUUAACUCCAAGCGAGAAGGACGACCUUACUGUUGCCGACAAGAGCCUGGAGAAGCAGAACUCGCCCGAUGCGGAUUAUGGCGUCGUCAACGAGAAACUGCUGACGGAAUCGAAGUUUGUGAAGGAAAACAACAACAACAACAACAUCACAAAAAAUCUCAGUGACCUAACCAACAACAUUGUCAACAUUGAGAACUUCCGACCUCCUUCCAACGUCUCUGAAAACAUAAACAACCUCAAGAACCUCGAACACCUGCGCGAGAUGGCGCCCGUGCUCAUCCAGACCAAAGAGAACAUCGCUCAGGACCAAGAGAAGAAACACGCCUUCAACAAUAACGACAUUCAGACGAAGGAAAACAUCGCGCCGACACACAAAGUCAUCACUGACCUCCAGACGCUCUACAAAGAGAAGAUCAACACCACUCUGACGGGCGAGGACGUGUACAUCAACGUCAUCAGAAAGCCUGUGGUGACGGGGCUCCUCCUCGGCGGCGACCCCUACCGAGACGACACCAUCGAGAGCGCGGAGGAGCGCGCGCCGAGGCUCCACGUGCCGAGGAGCGUCCCGCCGCGCUCGUGCAAGAUCCAGAUGAACCGCCGGCUGCCGCCUCCCAAGUGCGAGCUGACGACCGAGUUGUAACGGAAGCGAGCGAGAAAUACGCCUUUGGCUCGGGUGUGAGCGACUGAAAUGGAAUCUCUCGAUUUUAGGAUUUGGUUCUAAGUACUCUGAUGUUGUCAGUGACUUGACUUUAACUAGAACAAUACAUUUCCAGUACAAACUGUGCGUCACGGGCUGCAGCUCAAGUUUUUUUUUUUCAUGACCAUUCUUUGGUGGAAAUCAAUGAUUUGUAAAAGAACAAGAGUUUAUACUUCUCUAUGUAAAUAGCCGUUAUUUCUAAUGUUUGGUAGAAUCUUUUUAACAACAGCCCUGUAAAUGUGCUUAUGAGAACUAAUAUUGUUUGAUAUUUAGAUUAUGAGUGUGUGGCGACGCCACGUUUUUCAUUAUAGAUUAAGUACUGUCACAGUUAUUUCAUUUUGAAUUUGAAGCUCAGGCAUGUUUAUUUUUAUACGAUAUAAUUCAUAUUUUUUCGCAUAGAACGUCAACGAUUCUGCUGUGUCUUCUGAUGUUCAUGUUCACUGAAUGCUGCCUUUUCCUUGUUUCUAAACAAUUACAACAUAAUAAAUCAAGAUAAUAUAUG